AUGAUCGUCAUCAGUGUGGUUGCCGCCCAAAACAACCUCCUCUGGCUCGCGAGCGCAGUAACCAUCUACAAGACUUGGCACGACGCCCAUCCAUGUCCAGAGGGAGACAGCCGCGCCAAGAAAGUCAAUGACAUCGUCCACGCUUCGCUGUACAACUGUGGCACUCUAUUCCGACGUCGAGGCCGACCAGUCAGAGACCUGGGGCCAUGA